AUGAAUGAGCUCACCAGUUGCGUCAGCAACCCCCGGUCAUGCGGGGGCGACGGCGGGUGCACGGGCGCCACGGCCCAGCUGGCCUUUGACUACGCAGCACAGAAAGGUGGACUUUCGGAUAUUUGGAUGUAUCCCUAUCUCAGCGGCACCAAGUACAGCACCGAGGAAUGCAAGGGUACCAACGGCACGGUGUACCUGCCCAAGAAGGCCAGCAUCACCGGCCACGUGAACGUGCCGAAAAACGACGCCGCGGCCUUGAUGGAAGCCAUCUCCAAGGGCCCCGUGGCGGUGUCUGUGGAUGCCACUGAUUGGUGGAUGUAUGCUGGAGGCGUGUGCGCGGGCCCCGACAUUUCACAUGCUGGCCGAUGA